AUUUUUUAAAAAAUUUAUUAUUUUGAGGACACAAAAUUAUUUUUUAUUUACAUGGAUUUAUUUUAUAAAUAUAUUUGGAUAUUUAGAUUAUUUAUAAAUUAAAUUAUGAAGAUUAUUAAAUUUAAUAUAAAUAUUUUACUAAAAAAUUAUAUUAAAUAUGCCCAGAGUAAAAUUUGGACAAAAUCAAGUCGAUUUACAAAACGAAAUAAUAAAUUUAAAACGACAAUUAACGAUAACAUUGGAUGAAAAUCAUUUGCUUAAAGUUAAAAUUCGUAGAUUGGAAAAUGAAAUAAGAAAAAAAGACAAGUAUAUUGAUUAUUUUUUUAUUAAAAAUAGAGAACAGAGUUUUGACAACAGAAGAAUAAUUUACGAAAAAACAUCAAAUGCUAUUCAGAAAUUGAAAAAAGAAAAUGAUGAUCUGAAAGAAAUGAUAUUGAAACGUGACAUUGAAGAUCAAAAACGUGAAUAUGAUAUCAAAAGAAUGCUUCUUUAUGGACAAACUGAUAAAACUUAUAGAAAGCCAUCACGAAAAUCAUCUCAUUCAUUGAAUCAUGAUCUACCUGGCGUAAAAAAACUAGAAAGUUUAUCAGAUUCAAAUACGAUAUCAAAAAAUGUCUAUCGUACUUUCGCCGAAAAUUUAUAUAACUUGGAAAGUACUAAAGAUUAUUUAAAUUCGCUGUUUACGACUCGUGCUGAUGUUGAAAAACUUGUCGGCACCAUUAAUAAUCUCAAGGAACAACAAGAUAUCGACAGAAAAAUAAUUCAUGCACGAGAUUCUGAAAUAAUUCGACUGGCAUCUGAAUUAAAUGAAAUAAAAGAGCAACUGAGUAUAGAAAAAAUAUCAAGCUCUUUAUCUCCAAUUGUGAAACAUGAUUACGGCAAUUCAAAGAAUAAAAAGUUUGAUAGAAGUAAACGUUGCACUAUCGAGUCUGCUGAGUUUGAAUCGAGUCAUAAACCAAAAGAUAUUAAAGUUGAACGGAAACCAAUGAAACAUAAAACUUCAAGGCGAUUGGAGCCAGUGUGGGAAUUGAGUGAAAACGAACUGUCAAGUGCGAGUGAUAAAUCAGAAAGAGAAUUAUAUAAUGAAGAUAUAUCAAAAAAGACGGAAAUUGAAUAUAUUAUAGAUUCAGAAGUGAGCUCUGAUGGUGAAGACAUAUAUUUAUUAAAUAAUUUGGGUUCUUAUCAUCGGAAAACGAUCGGUACCAUGUCAAAUAAUUGAUUACAUUAAUGGGUUAUUUAAAUUUAUUACCAUAUUAAUAAAUAUAUUUAUUACAAAUUUAUCAGUUAUUAAAUACUUGAUUACAAUUAUAAUUAAAGUAUAAAGGGUUUACUGAAAAGUAAAAAUAUGAGCUUGGAAUUUUGAUAUUAGGUCGCGAAUUAUAAUUUUCUAUUUUCCAAUUCGAUGACACGGGAAAAAAAAAUUUUUUAAAAGUGGAAUUUUAUAUCUCGGCAAUGGCUCAUUGUACAUAUAAGUUCGGGAUAUAUUUUGUAGAAAAUUGAACGAUCUACAAAAAAGUCUUAUCAUUUUUUGAUAAAUUCAUCUGUUCAAAAGUUAUUGGAGCUUGAAGUCAAAUUUUCAGUAAAUUUCAAAAUCUUCUUACUUUUGCGGUGAAAAUAUUAGACACCACAAAAUUUCACAGGAUCUUUUUUGUAGACAAUUUUAUUCCCUAAAAAUUAUCUCUGAUAAAGUUUUUCAAAAUUCCGCAUUGUUUUCUAGUUAUUUUUAUUUUAAUGUCAAGCUCCUGAAAUUGAUCAGAGCACUAUUUUUUUUAAGAGUUUGACAUUAAAAUAGAAAUAACUAGAAAACAAUGCGGAAUUUCGGGAAACUUUAUCCGAGGUAAUUUGUAGGGAAUAAAAUUUUCUACAAAAAAGAUCCUGUGAUAUUUUGUGAUAAAUCUGAUAUUUUCGCCGGAAAAGGAACAAGAUAUUGAAAAUUACUACAAAGGCAGUGGGGGUUGAGUGAAAACGAACUGUCAAGUGCUGCAAGUGAUAAAUCAGAAAAAAAUUAUAUAGUGAAGAUAUAUUAGAAAUUGAAUAUAUCAUAGAUUCCGAAGUGAGCUCUGAUGGUGAAGACAUAUAUUUAUUAAAUAAUUUGGGUUCUUCCUUGUCGAAUAAUAGAAACAAUUAAUUACAUUAAUGGGUUAUUUAAAUUUAUUAUCAUAUUAAUAAAUAUAUUUAUUACAAAUAAUUAUUUAUGUUAUUGAAUACUUGAUUAUAAUUAUAUUUAAAGUAUAAAGGGUAUAUACUUUUUAAAACGUCAGUUUAUUAAUAAUUAAUUAAUAAAUAAAUAUCGUUAUUUAUAUAAUGAAAGAUGAUUAUUAUAUUUAAAAUAUCAACUGAUAUCAAUAAAAGAUAAAAAUAUAAACUUCAAUUAGUAGAUAAUUAUCUUGCUGGGCAAGGAUGUUUCAGUCUGAUAGAUUAUGACUUAAAGUAAUUCCUGAUUGCCUUACGUCAUUAAUUAUUAUUUUAAUUUUUUUUUCUUUUUUUAUUUUGAUUACAAAGUCAAAUAGUCUAAAAUAUAUAUUUUAAUAUUUAAAAUAGUAUCGAUACAUUAUAUUUAAUGAGUGAGUGCUAGAUGAUAAAAAGAUCAAAAGAAUUUAAUAAUCGAUAAAUGUUAAAUGACUUUGAAUGUUUAUAAAAUAUAAAUUACGGUCAGGACUAAAUAUCACUCAUAAUAUCACACAAAAAAAUAUCAUGUAAGAAAAUAUGUUACGUUUAAUUAGAAUAUUAUGAGCCCGAAUUUCGCAGCGUAGUAAUAUCAUAAAAUAUGUAAUAUUUUUUUAUGAUAUUGAAACAUUGCGAUAUUUGAGGAAGUGAUAAUUAGACGUGUGAUAUUGACUAUGAUGUAUAGACAUGUAACCAACAUGGUGUCACGACUAAAUCUCAAUGCCAAGAUAUUACAUAAAAAAAUAUCAUUAUAGAAAAUAUCUUACGUCUUAUAAAAAUAUCAUGCGACCGAAUUUCACAGCAUAGUAAUAUCGUGCGUAAAAAAAUUUUGAAAAUCGUGUAGAUACAGAUAUUUAAUGACUGGUAUAUUUUAUAUUAAUAAAUAUAAUAUUUUUUGAUAUGAUAUUGAAACAUUGCGAUAUUUGAGGAAGAGAUAAUUUAUUAUAUGAUGCUUUGACAUGUGAUAUUUUGUUGUGCGAUAUUUAGACAUGUAACCUCGGUGUCACGACUAAAUAUCACACAGAAAAAUAUCAAUGCCAAAAUAUUACACAAAAAAAUAUCUUAUAGGAAAAUAUCUUACGUCUUAUCAGAAUAUCAUGCGAACGAAUUUCACAGCGUAGUAAUAUCAUGCGUAAAAAAAAUUAUGAAAAUCGUGUAGAUACAGAUAUUUAAUGGCUGGUAUAUUUUAUGUUAAUAAAUAUAAUAUUUUUUUUUACAUGAUAUUGAAACAUUGCGAUAUUUAAGGAAGCGAUAAUUUAUUAUAUAUUUUUUCGUGUGAUAUUAUGACUGAUAUUUAGACAUGUAACCUCGGUGUCACGACCAAAUAUCACACGAAAAAAUAUCAAUGUCAAAAUAUUACUCAAAAAAAUAUUUUACGUCUUAUUAGAAUAUCAUGCGCUGAAAUUUCACAGCGUAGUAAUAUCAUGCGUAAAAAAAACAUGAAAAUCCUGUACAUACUGAUAUUUGAUGGCCAGUAUAUAUUUUAUAUUAAUAAAUAUAAUAUUUUUUCAUAUGAUAUUGAAACAUUGCAAUAUUUAAGGAAGUGAUAAUUUAGUAUAUUUUAUUUCGGCAUGUGAUAUUUUAUCAUGUGAUAUUAUGACUGAUAUUUAGACACGUAACCAAAAAUACAUGAUUAAGUAUAGACUAUUAUUAUUAUAAUGACUAAAGCUUUAAGUACUUAAGUAACAUUACGUAAGUCUACGUAAUAAUUAUUAAUUAUAAAAUAAUAUUUGCAAAAGCGUUUGAGACAAAAAAAAAUGUAUAAAGUUCUUAAUUAAUAAUAAUUAAUUACGCUUGCUUAAUAUUGCGAUUCAUCAGUUGAUUGUAUAGUGAUUUAAAAGUUGACUGGGCUCGUCCUUUGUGUCGAAGUCCUGGCAAUAGUAAAAUUACCACCACUGUUUAAAUUAAUAGAGUGAAUUAAUAAUAAUAAUUUAAAUUUUAUUUUAAUUUAUCCAUUUAAAUUUCAACUUACGUGUUAAAUAAAUAAGUAGUAAAUUAUUAACGACAUUUCCUAUCCAUGCCAAGAGACUCAGGCAUAAAGUUAUUGAUCCGUAGUACUAAAUAAAUAUAAAUGAAUUAUUUUUAUAUAAAAAACUGUUGAUAUCAUAAUUUACUUGAUUAGUGAUCACUGAUCAUCAAUAAAAUCGCGUCAUUAAUUCCAAAAGAGUUCAAAUUUUUUUACGCCCUUUUGGCUUUAGGCGCGAAGUUUAAAACCACAAGCGCAUAAUUUUUUGAACUGAAAAUAUUUGGUGUUGAUUAAAAAUAAAAAUAACUUACGAAAUUAGGACGAUUGCUACGAGCGUUAAGGAUAAAUUUCCAAAUAGUUUGAGCUUGUAACAAAAUUUCGCUGACACUUUGACAAAUUUCAUCUAGUUUACGUUCCUUCUGCCCAUUCCAAGCACUAGAGGAAAUAAAAGUCGAGGCAACGAUCGGCACCAAGUAAUCAGCCAAGGCCAGUAAUAAUAAAGUCAUUGACACUAUCGUCAAGAACGCGGGUUCCAUCAUCCAAAUCAUA